AAUCACAGCCGUGGUCAGCCCUAAAUGGGAACUUUUUGAAUAAAGCGCCAAGUGGAAAGCCAGAAAUAUUGAAGCCAAAUUUUAGUAAAAUUGAAAUAGAUAAAAAUGUUAAACAAAUUAAAGCUCUGAAACUAAUUUUCAAAAAGCAGGAUAGUACACAAAAGUGGCUAGACUUUUACGAAUCGCUCAAUUCCAACAUGGACAGUUUAGAUUCUGGAGUAUUUCCUUUAACACUGCUACCGAGACAACCUAUAAGGCAGGCCUUUCCACCAGGACAAGGAAUGGUUCCUGAAGUUCGUGAACUGAUUGAAAAGGAAAACAGACAGCCAUUGGUACAGAUAAAAAAGCGGAAAACUGGAGACGAAGCUUCUGACCUCAGGGUUGCCAAAAAGAAGAAUGAUAACACUUCUGGUGGGAAAGGGUUUGGCAAAAGGAAGAGAAGAUUUAUAUAUGACACAACACUGUGCAGAUCACGACUGGUCAUGAUUUCAGAUGAAGAAAGGAAGAAACAUCUGUGGAUAAAAAUCUUGAUGGACCUGUAUACUUCAUUUAUGCAGUAUAUGCACAUCUUGUUGCUCAUUUUGUAUGUGUUCUGCUGCCUUUUUGAAGGAUAUAUUUUGUUUAUUUUAAGGUUAUUGCAAGAACUUCUGCGUCAAUCUUUAUUAGAACACAUGGGUUUAUUCCAACCCAGAGUUUCAUUUUAUGGUGAAAUUGGAUCAGUCAAUUGAAUUUGUUUUAGCAAAUAUACGUCUCUGGUGGGCAAAUAAGACACUAUUAUUGAGGUGUAGUGUUUAACAAUUUGUAUCCAGUCAAAUGUUCCUUAUUUCGCCAGUUGUCUUUAUAAUCCCCCGAAAGUAUUGAGUGAGAUGUCCUUUAUAAGCUAUUGUAACUGUACAUUUGUUCAUGUGCAUUUUUCUACCAAUUUUCGAUUUCGGUUUAGAAAUGCUUUGUAUGAACUUGUCUUCACAUAAAAAUGCUUUAUUAUGUUCCCCUUCGAAGAAGAGGGGGUAUAUUGUUUUGCUCAUGUCGGUCCGUCCGUAUGUCCGUCUGUCCACCAGAUGGUUUCCAGAUGAUAACUCAAGAACACUUAGGCCUAGGAUCAUGAAACUUCAUAGGUACAUUGAUCAUGACACACAGAUGACCCCUAUUGAUUUUGAGGUCACUAGGUCAAAGGUCAAGGUCACGGUGACCCGAAAUAGUAAAAUGGUUUCCGGAUGAUAACUCAAGAAGGCUUAUGCCAAGGAUCAUGAAACUUCAAAGGUACAUUGAUCAUGACUCACA